UAUCGGUUCGUCUUUCGAUCGAAAAUGGUCGCUCGUUAAACGCGAUGAAUCGAGCGACGCGUCCCUCCGCUUUGAUCGAGGAUUCUGUUUGUUCGACGAUCGUGAUCGUUGUCCCGGGAUCGGCAAGAAAUGUAUAGUAACGCUUUUGUGCGUAAACGUUCAAACGUCGUGGGUGCAACAUACGUUCGUUCGCUGUCGGGGGAAGAGAUCGGUUACGCGGACACGCCGAGGGAACUCGUCGCGAGACGUACGACGUGGAAUGGAAAUCGUCGAGGGAUGAUCGUGCAGCCGCCGAUUGAUUUCGGAGAGUUCUGGGAAUCGCGGGGAAACAGAAGGGGUAGCGAAUGAAAAUGAAAGAGUCUCGUGCGUAAAAAAAUGGCACCGUUCCACGGCAUGGCCCUUAUACUGCUUGGAAUCGGGUACCUGUUACACGCCGAACCGCCGUCCGGUCAUCGGAACCUAGCGGUGCAACGGCUCGACGACGAGAAGCUCGACAAAGCGGAACAACGCUCGCAUCGAGGGACGAAAAGGACUUAUUUUUUCAAAGACACGUCCCAAAAGGUGACCGCCAUUGUGGGACAAACCGUUGUGCUGUUGUGCCGCGUUAGGAACCUGGGCAACAGAACCGUGUCCUGGAUCCGAAAAAAGGACUUGCACAUCCUAACGUCCAAGUCCGUGACUUAUACGAGCGACGCAAGAUUUACGAUAGUCGGCAAUCCGGAGAACGACGACUGGAAUCUGCGAAUAGAUUACGUGCAACCACGGGACGCCGGCAUUUACGAGUGUCAAGUUAAUACAGAGCCCAAGAUAUGUAGGGCGGUCGCAUUGAAAGUUUUGGACGUGCAGGCGAAGAUUACAGGGCCCGAAGAGGUGUACGUCAAGAAGGGUAGCACGAUCAGUUUAACUUGCAUCGUGGACAUACAGGAUAUUCCCCCGAAUAACGUGACUUGGUACCAUGCCGGUGCAGUGAUCGAUUUCGACGGUCCAAGGGGCGGUGUUUCCCUGGAAACGGAGAAAGGUAAGAAUGGCACGACCAGCAAGCUGCUAAUAACUCGCGCGCUGCUCAAUGACAGCGGCAAUUACACGUGCGUCUCGAGCAAGGUUGCCUCGGCGAGCGUGAUGAUUCACGUGUUGAACGGUGAACAUCCUGCAGCGAUGCAACACGGCGGCACCGGUAACGUCAACAGAAGAGCGAUUUUAUUCAGCCUGGUGCUCCUGGUGGACGCGAUAUUUCGGUGAGCGACGUUUCUCUGCCUCUCGGCCCCCGGUGGCCCUUCCGCGAAGGGUUUUCAACGCCGGCGCCCACGAUCGCUUUACCAGUGGCUCGCCAAAGUGAUAUAUCGAAGGGGACUCGAUGUGUGA